AUGCCUUUCCGUUCCAAGUUCAUCAAGCUGUGUGGACGCCCUAAACGCGCUCGCUCGCCUUGUCCAACCACGCCAUCGCCCGAACCUCCGCGGCCAGUCUGCUACCUCCUUAGGUUGCCAAGAGAGCUCCUCUUCCUGUGCGCCCUCUAUCUGGAUCAACAGAGUCUGAGUCGCUUCAUCCGGACCUGCAGGUUCACUCAUCAAUUUCGAGCCGACUUUGAAAAUCAAUCUCACCGUGCGCCAGCCCACACGUAUGCCGAGUGGUAUACCUAUCGCCGUGAGGUUCAGGAAUAUGGUGAGAUCUUGGUGAUGAAGCCCUCCGACCCUCCUGAACCUCUGAGGAACGCCGUGAUCGAAGGGAACUACCAUCUGGUGAAGCUCUUUCUCGAAGACCAUGUGGACCCUAAUUCCUGGGAUGUACGCGGGUCUUACAUGCUGAACCUUGCUGCACAGAAACAUCAGUACGACAUCGCCCAGCUUUUACUGCAAUUUGGCGCGGACCCCAAUCGUGGAGAGGCGCUUACAUUAGACCUUGCCGUGGAAGACCGUUUGAUACCCCGGUCCCAGUCUGCUCUCUGGUUCGAACUUCUGCUUCCAUAUGGGGCAAAGUUCAAGAAACGGAAAACAUUGGUCUGUCUUUGGAUGACGGAAAGGGGUGACCUCUUGCGACAAGCCUCCCGGAACGUAUUGGAUAUGGCUGACGUAUAUGACACCCUUGAAAGGGAACACGGAAGGAAUCGUGACGCAAAUGAGACACACGCUAUUCUAGAGCGCCGCAGGCGUGCAUUUGUUCGUGAGAUACUGAACGUGGCAAUGCCCUUGUCAACAUCUCGGCCGAUGCUUGAGGCGCUCAUAGACGUGGACUCCAGGGUUUUGAUGAUGGACGUGGAAGGUUGUACCUUGUUCGAUUACGCUCUCCAGUGUAAACUCUUAGCCUUUGCUUUGAGCUUACUGGAGAGGGGAGUUACCAGCAGGGUCCCGGAGCUGAGGAAUGCUGUGAGAGAGGGGAAUAAAUGGCGGGUCCGGAGGUAUAUGAAUGCCCCCAGCGCGUGGUUUAAUCGCUCAGAGACGUGGCAGUCAUCCGCUUGGGAACUAACAUGGAGGGUGAACGAAAUGCGGGAGGAAUUGAGCUACUAUUGUCUAUGA